CAGAGGAAACGAGAGAAGAGAGAGGAGACUGGAAAGAAAGAGGAGAAGGAGAAGAGUGGGAGGUCUUUUAUUAUUUGUGUUCUUCCCUUCGGUCCUCAGGACUCCAGCAGAGUUGUAGGACUGUGAUCUCCAGAGCAAAAGACAUCAGACGUUUACUUCUCUUCUUCUUUCUUCAGAGGAGAAGUCCAGAGCGAAUGCUGAGACAAGUGAUUGGCCAUUUGUCGUAAAUGAGGAUGACUCUGUCCUGCUGUCUUUACCUGGCUGUGGCCUUCUUUUCCGGCCCAGCCACCAUCUUCGCCCUCGCACCUGAAAAUGAAGUAACAUUACACCCCACGACGUGGCUGAGUGAAAACAAGAUCACAUCCGUACAUCUACCUAAAGGACGCACACGCAGACUGUAUUUUACAUUAAAGAAGAAAGCUGAUUUGAUGUCUAUUACUGUGAGCCCAUGUGCAGUACCCAUUGAAUGGAGCUUGGCUGUUCGCACCCUGAAGGAUAAACCACCUAAGAAGCCCCACUGGACCUCAAAAAAGAGCAUGCCUGAGCUUUGGUGGAGAGGUUCUGGAAAGGAAGUUCAGAUUCACACCUACAACGGUAACGCUGUAGACACCUAUACUGGUCCUGCCCAUGCUCCAGCAUCCAUCUACGUUCUUCGGCUGAAAUCGAACGAGCACGACACCCAGGUGUCCGCUUACCUCCACGAAGGCACAGGGCCCUCUGGGGUUUUUCCGGAGCUGCCGUCCGACCCUAGAGUGCACACCUUGGGGGUAGGCAUGACCAGUGUCACUUUAAGAUGGGCUCCGAGCUCUUCUAUUGUUGUCAAGGACAGCCGCCAUGGUAACCGUCCAUAUUACGAAUACUGCGUUCUGGUUGACCGCAAACAUAACCGCCGCAGUCUCUGCGCUCUUCGUGAGGGAGUCAAAAAAGAGAGGAAGGAUGAACAGAUGAGGCAGAAGAGGGAAAAACCAGGCAAGGAGAUUGUGUGGGCACCACUUAAAGACAGGUGGUGGCAGCGAUCUGCUGCCCCCGAGGACCGUGAAUCUCCUACCGCUUUGUUAGACAACUUUGAGGACCCUGGAUGCGUGUGCAAGGACGUGGAGAGUGUGUGCACGGUUUCAGACCUGCUUCCGGAUACCCAGUAUUACUUUGAUGUGUUUGUAGUGGACAGGGUUAAUGGCACGAGCAUGGCAUACACGGGCACCUUCACCCGCACACACGAAGAGGCUCGUCCGGCCGUCACGUCCCUACGAGAGGGGCAGGUCAAAUGGGUGACCCUGAGCGGUACCGGAAGCGGCCAACAGAGGGAACGGUUGUUCCGAUUUAAACCUCGUGGGUGGCAGCAAAACGGCCUUCUAACCAUGCACACUUGCAAUGGCACCAGCAAUGUCAAGGUCACCGUGUCCAGUAAAGAUCAGGAGCUAACGUCUCAGGAGGUAGGACACCAGGUGGCCCAGAUAUGGUUGCAUGGUGGCCCGUCAUACCUCAUCCAACUUCAAGCCUUAGUUCCAGACGCUUCCUCACUCCCAAUACCUAAAAGCGCUUCUGACAAAUUCUGUCUCCGAAUGCAGGCAUCAUCAGCUUACCAUCGCCGAGCGGUGCCAGUGUUUCCUAGCACGCUCCAGAUCAAGUCUUUCAACAAACUGCGGACCUGCAACUCUGUUACAAUAGCCUGGAUGGGAACCGAAGAGCGGAGUCUCUACUGUGUUUACCAAAGGCAGAUUCCAAAUGACUCAGGCAAACACAGCUCUACGGACCGCUGCCUUGACCCAGAGUCCCGACCGGCCAACCAGAGAGUCCUUUGUAAGUACUUCCAGGAGCUCAAUCCACGCCGAGCGGUCACGACAGCUGUGAUUGGUGAACUGGAUCCAGGAGCGCUGUACAUGUUUGAUGUUUAUCUUAUGAGACGCUGGGGACUGCCAAUUAAGUACCAUAGCAAGAUUGUGAGAACCAGGAGCGAAUGUUGAGUGAUGGGUGGACAUUACAGAUAUCUACUCUCGGUUGAGAAGGACUUAAAACAUUAAGCCAUGGUGAAGCCCAAGAUGAGGCCAGAGAAGACACUGUCGGGGGCCAAGAUCUGGUGUGGUGGAGGUCAAAUGUGACCACUGACACACAUAAACACACUCAAGCAAGCCUACAUAAUCAUUCAGAUCACAGAGACCUAUGCUAUAACACACACAGACACACAAAAAUACAAAGAGAGGUGAGACCAAGUUCACACCAGCAAAAAGUAAUUUACUGUACAAUAUCGAUGUACUAAUGUUUGUGUUGUUGUUGUUAUGUGUGAAGCUGUCUCUGUUGGUAGUUAUACAGUGUUGAGUGUCUGAAAAAUAGAGAAACUCUCUCAUCUCAUACAUAAAGGAAGACUGUGCCAAAAUAUGCAAAAGAAGCAGCCAGAGAGCUUUGAGGGCCAGUAUUAAACAGAGCUGUGUAUCAGAUCUCUCAAUCUGCCACCAGUAUCAGAAGAAUAUACAGAGAGGGGGGAGAGAUUGAGGGAGAGGGAGUAGGAGCGAAAGAUUUGUGUGAAAUCAGUGUGUUAAAUAUGCUCUGCUAAAGCAUGCAGCAGGGAAAUACAAGCUACCAAUCUGAUUCAUUGUCUUUGAUGUGAUCGUUUUGCCGCGCUUCGGCGCCCUAAUAAAAGUACAAUAAACUGAUUUGAAGAUG